AUGCCCUCAAAGAAGCGGGCAGGAUUUUUCCCCUUCGCUUUCUAUUUGUGGGCAGACGUGUCCUUGUUUCUCCCUCAAGAUUGCUUGGCAUGUAAAUCUGAAGAAAGGCUGUUUCAAAAACUCUUCUCCCACUACAACCAUUAUAUCAGGCCCGUGGAAAAUGUAUCGGACCCAGUUACAGUGUAUUUCGAAGUGGCAAUCACACAGCUUGCAAAUGUGGAUGAAGUCAAUCAGAUUAUGGAAACCAAUCUAUGGCUGCGACAUAUAUGGAAUGACUAUAAACUACGAUGGAACCCAGCAGAAUAUGACGGGAUUGAGUUUGUCCGAGUACCAGCAGAUAAAAUCUGGAAACCUGAUAUUGUCUUAUACAACAAUGCAGUUGGAGAUUUCCAGGUUGAAGGCAGAACCAAAGCUCUUCUCAAAUAUGAUGGCACCAUCACAUGGACACCUCCAGCCAUCUUUAAAAGCUCCUGCCCUAUGGAUAUCACCUUCUUCCCCUUUGAUCAUCAGAACUGUUCUCUAAAAUUUGGGUCAUGGACAUACGACAAAGCUAAAAUUGACCUUCUCAUUGUUGGUUCCAAAGUGGAUAUGAAUGACUUUUGGGACAACAGCGAAUGGGAAAUCAUUGAUGCUUCUGGGUACAAACAUGAUAUCAAAUACAACUGCUGUGAGGAAAUCUAUACUGAUAUAACCUACUCUUUUUAUAUCCGAAGGCUGCCUAUGUUUUACACAAUUAAUCUGAUCAUCCCGUGUCUGUUUAUUUCGUUCCUGACUGUACUGGUCUUUUAUCUUCCCUCUGACUGUGGAGAGAAAGUGACUCUGUGUAUCUCUGUCCUACUUUCUUUGACGGUGUUCUUGUUGGUAAUCACAGAGACAAUCCCUUCAACUUCUCUGGUAAUCCCACUGGUGGGAGAAUACCUGCUGUUCACCAUGAUAUUUGUGACACUCUCUAUUGUCGUAACUGUGUUUGUGCUGAACAUCCACUACAGGACUCCGACCACGCACAAUAUGCCCAUGUGGGUCAAAACGGUCUUCCUCUAUCUUCUACCCAAAGUUCUCAUGAUGAAAAGACCUCUGCAGAAACACGUUGAAGCCAAAACUCAAAAACCCAAAAAGGGCAGUACCAGUAAAUUCAGCAAAGGAAAGGUCAGUGAGUUUGGAGAAGGGAAAGUUUCCAGCGAACACAGGUGCUGUCACUGUGACAAACCCAAGGAACCGGCACCUGGCAAGAAAAGGAGACCGAGCCACCAGUCUGCGAAAUGGGCAGCUGAACAAGUAGAAUACUGUCCAGAAGUCAAAGAAGUCAUUCAUAGUGUUCAGUUCAUUGCUGAAAACAUGAGGUGUCAGAACGAGACCAAAGAGGUGGAAGACGACUGGAAAUACGUAGCCAUGGUGAUUGACAGAGUGUUCCUGUGGGUGUUCAUAAUUCUCUGUGUGUUUGGAACUGCAGGGCUGUUCUUACAGCCAUUGAUAGCAGACACAUAA